UCGGAGAAGAAGUCAACAGUGAUCCCGAGCUAGGCGAGGCUGGGCUGGGCGACGGGGACGCUUUCGAAGGCGGCUCUAAACGAAGGGGGGGUGGGGGGGAAGCUGAACGAAGCUGAACCUUUCUCAUUUUUGUUUUAGCCUACUCGGCGUUUUCGUGUGCUGAGUGAAAUCUGACACAAGAGCCGUCUUGUCGCUUUUUGGUUAGUUUAAUUUUUUUGUUUGUUAGCGAUGGCACAGGCCAAAUAAUUAGAAGAAAACCUCGACAGUAACCGAGCAGUCGAACGACCCGCAAACCUGCUUCGAGGUUCGGAAAAGGUGAUCGGAUCGGAACCAUGGCAGCUACUUUAUCGGCCGAGGAAGAACAGGCCACCAGACAGUUCCUGGAGGAAAUCAACAAGUGGACGAGUCAGCACGGAGUGUCGCCGCUGUCCCGGGAGCUGGCCGUCAAGUUCCUGAUGGCACGCAAGUUUGACGUCCACCUAGCCAUCGAGCUCUUCCACAGCUACAGGGAAACGCGUCUGAAAGAAGGAAUCGUCAGACUUCAGCCUCAGGAAGAACCUCUGCGUUCCGAGCUGCUCAGUGGAAAGUUCACAGUGCUGAGUGCGCGGGAUCCCUCGGGAGCCUCCAUCGCCUUGUACACGGCCAAACUUCACCACCCGACCAAGACGGGAAAACAUGUUGUCUUGCAGGCACUAUUCUACCUCCUGGAUCGCGCGGUGGAGAGCUUUGAGACCCAGAGGAACGGCUUGGUGUUUAUAUACGACAUGGCUGGAUCCAACUACACAAACUUUGAGCUGGACCUGAGCAAAAAGAUCCUCAACUUGCUGAAGGGGGCGUUCCCAGCCCGUUUGAAGAAAGUGUUGAUCGUCGGCGCCCCGGUUUGGUUCCGGGUGCCCUACAACCUGCUCAGCCCGCUGAUGAAGGAGAAACUCCGAGAACGGGUGCAGAUGGUGAAGAUGGCCGAGCUGCGCCAGCACCUCCCCAAAGACUGCCUGCCUCAGCACCUGGGCGGCCUGCUUCCCCUGGACGCCUAUAGUUGGAACCAGCAGCUGCUGGCGGGCCAGAACGGCCACGUGGACCCUGUGGAUGAGCUAGUGGGGAUUCCCUUGGAGGACGCUUCCAUUCAUGUCCCGGGGCCCGAGUCCAUGCGGCCGCAGGAGCUGCUGACGCACCUCGGCAGGCUCCAGCGCUCCGGAAUCCACCUGGAGUACGAGGAGCUUCGGAAAGAGGCGCCGCCCGGGACCUUCCACUGCGCGCAAGCAGUCUACAAUCUGGAGAGGAAUCGCUAUGGAGACGUACUGUGCCUGGAUCAGACAAGAGUUCGCCUCAAACCCAGAAGGAACGAGAGAUCGGACUACAUCAACGCAAGCUUCAUGGAUGGCUACAAACAGAAGAACGCAUACAUCGGUACUCAAGGCCCACUGGAUAAGACCUAUGGUGACUUCUGGAGAAUGGUUUGGGAACAAAAUGUGCUUGUUAUCGUCAUGACGACCAGGACGGAGGAGGGCAGCCGGAGGAAGUGCGGACAGUACUGGCCUCUGGAGGACGGCGGGCAGGAGGUCUACGGCCACAUAGCGGUGGUGAAUCAAAGGGUGGACAGCCACACCCACUACAAACACACAACCCUCGAAUUGCACAACACUGAGACAUGUGAACAGAGGCAAGUGAGUCACUUCCAGUACCUCAGCUGGCCCGACUACGGCGUUCCCACAUCAGCGGUGACGCUCAUCGACUUCCUGGCAGCUGUGAAGAGACAGCAGAGGAAGAUGAUCGUGGCUUUGGGACCUCAGUGGACGGGCCACCCCCUGGGACUCCCCAUGGUGGUCCACUGUAGCGCGGGGAUCGGUAGAACAGGUACCUUCUGUGCGCUGGACAUCAGCCUGUCUCAGCUCCAAGACGUGGGCUCGCUUAACGUCUGCCAGACGGUGCGGCGCAUGAGAACACAGAGGGCCUUCAGUAUCCAAACCCCGGACCAGUACUACUUCUGCUACAACGCCAUUUUGGAGCACGCCCAAAGGCAAGGCCUGCUCCCGGCCAAUCAGUGAGCUCCUAUCCCGACCUGAACCCCCUGUCUCCACCUGAACCAAUUCUGCUGUUCGCCCCCCCCCUAGACACGUGUAGUGUGACCAAUUACUUUUACUUCCUGGUGGCGGGCGGGCCCAUUUGUCAAGUAGGAUGAACGAGUGUGACGUUGGUCUCUGCGUGCUAUGUCCACCAAACAUGUUGCCAAGUGGGCACACAGCUGUAGUGGCGACGGGCGCUUUGACACAGUUUGACACAGUUCCGACCUAGUAGGGACGGGGCUAGUAGAGUGCACUACUUAGCCGCCACCAGCAGAGGCGCUGUUGAUUCAAGCAGACCUCUGCUAUGGCACGCCUCCGACUUAUUCUGCUUAGUAGUUGAAACAGGAGUUCAGAACAUUCACAGAGCGAUCCCGUUUGAAAAAUGAAAUAAAAUCAGGCAAUUUCUUUUAUACCAAGUUAAGACAUUUACGACAGCUUUACGAGGUCUUGUGCAAAAUUCUGUAUUUGGAAUUUCCAUCCAUCCAUCCAUCCAUUUUCUACCGCUUAUUCCCUUCGGGGUCGCGGGGGGUGAUGGAGCCUAUCUCAGCUACAAUCGGGCGGAAGGCGGGAUUUCAGUUCAAUUAAUUUAAAGAAAUUUAAUUGAAAAUAGAGCAAGUGGUAUUCAAUCAAUUGCAAGUCAAGAGACAUUUCUUAUUUGUCACGUUGAACAAAGGUUUUGGCUUAAAAACUAAACAAAUUCCCUGCAUUUGGAAUAAUUGACUAAGGUAAAGCAUUUCAACAUUUUCUAUAAUUACAAAAUUACAUUGGAUCAAAUUAAAAUCAAUGAUUUUGUAGAGAAUGCUUCUAGUCUUAAUUGUCGAUGGAAAAACAUUUGUAAUUAAACUAAAAUGUGUAACUAAGUUAAAAAAAACAAAACAAGAAGUGAAUAUAAGAAACUGAACAUCAAAUGUGUUCAUGGCAUGAGUGUCAUAGUUAUAAUAUUUUUAUGAAAUACAGUACAGGCCAAUGCAUUUUCUUUAUUUUCAUGACUAUUUACAUUGUAUAGAUUGUCACUGAAGGCAUCAAAACUAUGAAUGAACACAUGUGGAGUUAUGUACUUAACAAAAAAAGGUGAAAUAACCGAAAACAUGUUUUAUAUUCUAGUUUCUUCAAAAUAGCCACCCUUUGCUCUGAUUACUGCUUUGCACACUCUUGGCAUUCUCUCGAUGAGCUUCAAGAGGUAGUCACCUGACAUGGUUUUCACUUAAAAGGUGUCAUAGUUUUGAUGCCUUCAGUGACAAUCUACAAUGUAAAAUAGUCAUGAAAAUAAAGAAAACACAUUGGAAUGAGAAGGUGUGUCCAAACUUUUGGCCUGUACUGUAUGUAAAGGUCUUUUUUUUUUAACAUAUUGAAAACCGGAUUCUGGACUAUAAUCAUAUAAUCAAUUGGAAUUUAAAUUCCUCGAAUUUGCUGUUAUAUUUCCUGUUUGCAACCUCAAUUCAAAUUCAUGCAAGUGAGUUAGAAUUUGGGAGAUGUUACGAAUUCAAUUCAGAGUUUUGCACAAGCCAAAUAGCUACCCAAGGGGGGUAAAAAGUUUUGCUAUUGGAAAACCCCAAACUAAACCACUUUUAUUUUAUUAUUAUUUUUACAUCACGAUUGUGCACUUACUUUUUCAAAAUAGACUUUGACAGCAUGUUCACAAACCCCUUACUGAUUGUAAUGUUGGUUCAUGACAUAUGUGGCAAAUGUGAAUGUAAACGUACAUCUAAUCUCUUACUAUAUUAAGAAACGUAGGCGCGGAGGCUGUUGCUGUUUCAGGCUUUUGAUUGGCUAAAUACCACUUUUUUUUUUGUAGUGUGGACUUAAAUGAUAGGGUACACAAUAUUCCUUUUAAUCAGAUGCACAAUUCCUAUCAGAGUCGGACCCAAGUCAGUAUCCAGCACAAGUGAAGAUGUCAAGUAGCUGCUACAAGCCAGCGUGCGGACGUGUUACCACAACACAGCAGGGGUGUCUCGGCUCUUUCUUUUUGCCUGCAAGGCAGCGAGCACAUGACCAAUUACUACAUUACCGUCAUACAUUCCUUCCUCGAAAAGGACACGUGGAUUCACUCCGAAAGACGAUGGUUAGACGCUUAUUUAGCAGUAUGGGAUUGUGUAGACACACACACACACACGUAGGUUUGUUUGGAGCGACUAUUGAAGCUGUUGAGACCUCAUGAGUGGUGCAAUAUUUUCUCUUUUUACACACACAAAGGGGGUAUUAGGGCCAUACUGAAAAUAAUAUUACAAGAACACAUGACAAGAGUCCUAUAGUGUUACAAGAAAAAUGUCAUAAAAAUAGGCGAACAAAAAAACCCAAACAUGUAUACUUUCAUCUUGGUAAUACUACACUUUUAUUUCCCACACAUAUUUUUUCUUUUAACAUCAUGACUAUUUUUUGUAAUGCCAUUCUAUUCUCAUAUACAGGUGAAACUAACAAAAAUGUUUAUAUCAUACUCAUUUUUGUAUACCAUCAAUUAGAUUUAUAAGGUUAAAAUAAUAUGACACAGGCUGCAACUCAAGAUAUAACAAGGCUUCUUUUGAUAAAAUGUUGAUUAUGGCUUACAUGUUAUCAAAACCUAAAAUUUGAAAAUCUCAGAAAAUGUGGGUUUAAAAAAAAAAAAUAAAAUUUUUUAAUCUCAACCAUUAUCGUCACAUAACAAAUAAAGGCUUAGCGUAUUGACUUUGCAUGUAAUGAAUUUAUAUCACUUGUUUUCACCAAGUACCAUCUUAGAAAAAACUUGGCUCUCCAAGUAACACUUAGUGACCAACAUUUAAAUACAGUAGCGUAGUAGGUCUAUGUAUUCAUUAAAAACAAGGUAAGGGUUUUAUUUAACAAGUAUACCGUAUUUUUCGGACUAUAAGUCGCAGUUU